CAUUUACCCACUGAAAAACUAUAGGAUGGUCGUUUGAAAGUGUUAUUUGCGAAUUUGCGCCACCUUCUAAGUUUAUUUUUAAAAUAGCAUAGAUACUUAACUUGAUGGCAAGUCCGCAUGUACCUACUAGACAGGAACCUCUCGGCCAAUCACAGAUUUAUUAGCCAUGCCAGUUGGGGCGGUUUACUUGGACUAUGUGCGGAUCCUGCGGCGGUUCCUGUGGUUCAACGGCUGCUGGCCGGGACAGCUGUUCGGGGAGGAGGUUCCUCUCUUCAUUCGGUACCACAAGUACCACGUUCUUGGCCAGUUCACAGUCAAUCUGAUGGCUCAGAUCAAUUUCCUGUGGAAGUUCCAUAAAGAUAUCUCCUUCCUGAUGAUGGGACACGUUUACAUAACAACUUUCUUAACUUCGGUGUCCUUAGUGCGAUCAUCAUUGCCACAUUUUGAAGAAUACAGAAAUAUUGUAAAUACUUUUCUGACGGAAUUUCAUUUAUAUUAUCACAAACAAAAGGGCAAAUAUGAGGCUGAGAUUUCUGCGUAUUGGGACAAGUUCUCGUACUGGUUUUCGUUGUGCCAGAUGGCGCUGAUGCUGCUGGGCAUGACGAGCUUCAACGUGCUGCCCAUUUACAAGAGCAUCCAGGCGGGCGCCUUCACCACCAGGGACAUCGACCGGGACAAUGUGGAAUUCGCCGUCUACUUUGCUGUACCAGGAAUCGACUGCUACGAUUAUUUCUACAUACUGACCGCAUUGAAUGUUUACUUCUCUUACAUAACUGCGUGUAGCAUCUGCGUUCUAGACCUGCUUUUGUCUCUUAUAGUAUUUCAAAUAAUUGGACACAUUCAAAUCCUAAAUUAUAAUAUUUUAAACAUACCGAUGCCGGAAGGGUUAAAAUACAAUAAAGAGGAAAAUAGUGUGAUUGGUAAACACUUGAUUUCCAUUAUAGAUCAACACCGGUACAUAGUAAGAUUUGCUGCUACGAUAUCAUCAUUUUUUGGGCCCAUGCUGGCCAUGAACUACAUGUUUCAUCUAGUUAGUGGCUGUAUACUACUUUUAGAAUGCGCCCGACCUGAUCCUGAAACCCUGGCUCGCUUUGGACCCCUCACCAUUAUUGUAUUUGGACAAUUAAUACAAUUAUCUAUAAUAUUUGAAUUCGUUGGUUACAUAAGUGAGAAGCUGAUCGACGCAGUGUACUGCAUGCCGUGGGCGAGCAUGGACGUCAGCAACCAGAAGACGGUCAAAUUCUUCCUGAGCCGCAUCCAGACGCCCAUCCAGCUCACCGCCAUGGGCAUCGUGCCCGUCGGCGUGCAGACCAUGCUAAAGAUAUUGAAAACAACUAUGUCAUACUUCGCUUUGCUGAAAUCGAUUAGUGCCGAUUAAUUAUAGGCUGAAAAAUUAUAUCCUUAAAUAAAACAUAAAAUAUACUUAGGUAAGUACUUAUACUUUGAAAUUUAUGAAAAUACAUAGUCAUAAUUAUUGUUUGUUACAUGAAUAAAUACAUGAAUUU